AUGAAUGGGCAUAAUGAAAAUAACAGCGACCUGAAGGAACACAAAAAGGAGGAACACACAGCAGAGUGCACUUUAAAUGAUGAAACUAUCAUACCCACUUGUAUAAAGAAUAUUUUACAGUGUACACUUGGUGGGGAGGCCGACAAUGAACAUUUCAUAAAGUGCAAGAAUGAGGAAUUAAACAAUUAUAUAGAAAAGAAUAUUCCAGGAGGGAGUUCCCAUGAGGAAGGAGGCGACUGGAAUAUAUCGGACGAUGGUGUGGAAUUCAUGAACGCAAGUGGCAAUAAUGCAGGCGACAGCAUCAACGGGAAUAACUAUGGUGAAGUCCUUUUAAACGGCCCGCGUGAACAGUCAAAUUUGGAGAUGUGUGCAGACGGGCUAGGCAAGGAUCCCCACGAGGGUGACAAUAGGGAGAGCAAAGAAAAUAGGAGGCAUAAAAGAAAAAGGCGCUAUAUUGACGUUGACAAAAUGAAUUUUGAUUUCGAAAAGGAGGAUUUUGCUAGCAGUGCCAAUGACGAGUUGGUAAGACGCAACUAUGUCCAUGCGGACGAAUACGCCAGUGGGUAUGCCAACGGGUACACGAAUGAGCUACCAUGUCAGAAGGACAUUAACAUGAACAGUGAAGUAAUCAGGGGUCUCCUGGAGCCUCCGCCAAUCCCGUUCAAUGAUACCUUCAGGAAAUACAAUAAAGAAAUAAGUGAUGUGUACGUGAAACAUAAAAAAAAAAGUAGUGGUACUCUAAACAUAUUCCUAGAGUCGCAACUCCUGUGCAUAGAUGAAGGUACAUUUGAAAAAGAAAAUAACUUUAUAAAUAACCAUUUUGAUAAUUUUAUUAUGAGAAAAUUAAAUGUUGUAAAUCCCACCAAUGAACAGGACACUACCAACCAAAAUAAAGAUUUGCAAGAGCUGAUCAAAUAUCUUAUGUCCUGGUACUUCUCUGGGUUUUAUUCCGGGAGAAUAAGCAUGUUGAAAGAGUUACAUGAGAGGCAAAAUGAAGAGCACAAACAGGAUGAAGACGGAGGCUUUGACGCUAAUGGUGAGCAGGGGAAUGUGGUGUAUAAGCAGGGUGGAAACAACCAUUUAGACGGAAAACGAAAAGACAUAGGGACAGGCAACAACAUUUACAGAAAAGUUGUUAUCAACCCAACAUCGGAAGACGACAUGCAAAAAUUCUGUAGAAAUUAUUUUCGAAUAUAUAAUUUCUCUCUAUACAAUUUUAUACGAAGACUGAUAUCGCUAGACGCCGUCAUUGUAUACUCGCUCUUCCUAACCGUUUAUGUAUUUUCAGAAAUUAGCCAAGGGAUAACGAAAAAGUAUAUUUUUAUGGAUACGGCCAUUUCUAUGUUUCUAAACAUUGCCAUUUUGGUAGUCACGGAAACGCUGUACGAGCUGAAGCAUCUGAAGGAUAUAAAGGAUGCGAAUUCACAGUGCUACCUCAGGAUAGUGCCCAAGAUGUCUCACUUUGAAAAGGUCACAACCAAAGACAUAAAAGUGGGAGACAUUAUUCGGGUGUUCCAAGGAGACGAAUUUCCAGCAGAUGCCGUCAUCCUUUACGUUAAGAACAAUUUGAAUGCUAUGGUCGAUUCAUUUAAAAUUGACGGAUUGUUUAGGAAGAGCAUCAAGUACCCAGUGGAUAAGUACAAAAUCGACAGGGACUACCUAAAAAUGCUGUCAGAAAUUAAUGGGUUCAUUAGAUGCGAACUGCCUAACAAGAAUAUAUUUUGUUUUCAGGGGAAUUUCAAGUUAGACAAACACCCGAGGUCGUUAAUGCUAAGCUACGAGAACUUCGCUCUCCAAUCAUCCAUCCUGAAAGGGGCAGAAUACAUAGACGCAGUGGUCGUGUACACCGGAGCUGACACAAAAAAAAAUUUAAAUAUUCCUCAAAAAACAGAAGAGAGUAGAACAUUCUGUAUAAAAAUGAACAACGUAGUGUACUACUUAAUCUUCAUGUAUUUCUUUUUUGUCCUCUUGAGUAUUAUAAUAAAGUUGACGUUGUAUGGCACACGUUGGUCUCACCAGAAGACGCAUGAUACCUUCUUAACCGUUUUGGAGGACUUCAUUGGCCUAUACAUUUUGGUGCUGCCGAUUAUGAUUUACUCGGAGAAGAGCCUUAUAUAUAUCAUUCAGAGUUUGAAAAUAGAAAACGACCUGCGAAUGAAGGAAGGGCCACACGGUGAGAAGCCCAAAGUUUUUAAUAAAAACAAGAAUGAUACGUUAGGAGCUGUGGAUCUGCUGGCAACAGCUCGAAAUGGAAUUCUUGUGAAGAAAAAGGAACUGUUUGUAUCGUGCGCUGUGAACAACGUUGUGUAUGCCAAAUGCGACUUUGUCUAUUCGCGCCGGGAGUUUCGCUUGCCCACGUUGAACAUCCUCGACGGUGAAAGAAGGAACGUGGCCGAGCUUUUAAACCUGGACGAAAGAAUUUUCAAAGACCCCGAGAACGUGCUCUUCCCCUCAAGAGAUUUGGGGCUUUUCCUGAAAAUAUUCCAGAACAGUAUUUCUCCGAUUUACAACCCGUUCGUGGAUGACUUGUCGAAGGUGUUGAGGGAGAGAUAUAGGACUUACUUGAAUGAGGAGAUUUUGAACAAGAACGUCAAGCUGACGCCGUUCAUAAAGUCUAAACUAAAUGGGGGCUACAACCAAUUUUACGAGAAUUUCAAAAACAACUACAACUGCAAAGAGGUGAUAGAAGACGCGCAGAGGGGAGAGGACCAGGCUGACAAAAUAGAAGAGUUCGUUUUGGGAAUAUGCGGAUGCAACCGGGUCAUUAUCUACAACGAGAAGUGUUUAGACAUGGGCAUGAAGGAAUAUAAAAGUGAAAGUUACAGUGACGCAUAUGUCAAGUAUGAAAAAGAAAACAAUAAUGAAAUGGAAAAUGAGAAAAAUGAUAAACAUGCAGAAAAAACCGAUGAAGAAAAUUUCCAUACAAUCGAAUAUGAAGAUAUAUGCUUAUACAAUAUUGUGAAAAAUAUAGGCUAUGAUGUGUACUGUUACAAGAACAGAUUAUUUUUUUAUAAUUUAAAAAACGAAUGCCAAGAAUACCAUUUGAUAUGUUUUCACGAUUUUUUGAAGAGCAAUAAAUUCUCCAUGUGUAUUUUAAAAGACACAAAGGAGUUAGACCAUGAUAUCCUCUACGUCCGUGGUUAUGACUUCAAUAUUCUUCCCUACUUAUCGCUAGCCAAAAAUGAUAUAAACAAAAUAAAAAAAAUUAUAAAAAUGUAUACUAUGAAUUAUUUGAAGGUUAUUCUGAUCUGCAAAAAGGUGAUUAAAAAUGAGGACAUUGGAAAAUAUCUCCUUUUGAAAAGCAUCCGGAAUGGUAAGAAUAGCAGGUUGUCCUUUAGGCUGUACGAUUUAAUGAAAAUAUUUCUUCUAAACAAUUUGGAAGUAGUUGGCAUGAUUGGAUUGAAGAACGACUUGAGAGAAGGGGUAGAGGAAACUUUUCUCGAUUUGGCUAAAUUUGAUAUUCGCUCGUGGAUAUUUACAAAUGAGUAUCCCAAGGACACUUACCUGACAGCACUAGAGUGUAAUUUGAUUGCCUCCAAUUCCAACCUAUUUGUAAUUAACUUUUUUAAUGCACAAGAGGAUGAAGGGGGAGGCCACAUGCACAAUGGUGACCACACGGACAGUGCGAACAGCGCCAAUCACAUUGAGAAGGAGGAACGUGUGGACAGCAUGGAUAAUAUGGCCAAUGUGCUCUUCAACAAUUUUACCCUCUCGCUGGAUAAGCUCAACUCUACAUCUUACGCCAUUGUAAUAAACGACGCUAGUAUAAAAAAUAUAAUGAGCAGUGCGUAUGCCAUGAAAAUGUUCCUUUGCAUAGCCAUGCGAGCUACGGUCGUUUUAUUUUGCAAGAUGGACAAUGAGACCAAGGGAAGAAUUAUAAAAAAAGUGCUCUCCCUAACUACCCCCCGGUUGACCAUCCUAGGGGUGGGGUCGACCCUAAAUGACGCCUACCUAUUGAAGAAUACCACAAUCAGUGUGUGUCUAAGUUUGAACGAGCAGGUCAGUGUGCUAUAUAGCAUAUCGGAUUACGUACUGCAGGAGUUUAGGUACAUUAUCGACCUGCUUAUAUUGGGACGGCUGAACAAAAUUUCCCUGAGCCGGUCCUUCCUUUGGAUAAUAUACCUGAAAAUUACGAUAGUCUCGCUGUACUUUUUCCACAACUUUGAUAAUUUCUUCUCCGGGUCUUCCACAUCGUCCAUUUUGUACACCCAAACGACCUUUGCCGUUUUUCAUUAUUUGCUCAUUAUAGCAUUUUCUGCCUAUGAAAUAGAUUUGCCCUACAAGUUUAUCAGGAGCGUCCCCUACAUCUAUCAAUCUGCUAGAAGAAAGUACAUCCUAAACAACACGAUAAUCAUUUUAACCAUCGUGGAAGCCAUGCUGAUUUCGCUUAUCUCGUAUUACAUCCUGAGGGUGCAUGUCUUCCCCCUGAUAACACAUAGAGCAUUCACCUUCCACAUAUUCAUCCUAAAUUUUUUUAUCACAUCGGAGAAAAUUUUGCUGCUCUCCAGAACAUGGCACUUGUACUUCUUCAUCUUGGCAGUUCUGAUUAUCUGCUUCCUAUUUAUAUACGUAAAUGUGUACACCUUAAUUGAUUGUUUGAAAAUAGGGACGUGUGAAUUGAGUCUGUUCCACACGGAGGACACAUACUUUUGGCUGUCUCUUCUUCCGAUUUUGUAUAUAAACUUUUUUAUUGACAAGGCGGCGAAGUUUAUCAACAACAGAAUUUACCCCGACAUAACAGACUACUUCCGGGAGAAGAUACUGAAGAGAGACAAGAAAGGAUCCUCAAGGGAAAACACAACAGAGGGUAGAACAAGUGGUAAUGUAAAGGAAGUAGCGCAUGGUCCAUUGAACCUGGAUGCGAAUGCAAAGUUCAAAAAAUUCAUCCCGACGCCAAAGCAGUAUUGCAUAAAAGACAACAACAACGCGUACUACAACAGGACGAAGAAAACGAAAUUCAUCUACGAGACCUUCAGAAAAGUUAUAGGUAUAAAUAUAAAGUACCGAAAUCAGCAGUUAAACUUAGAGUAUAAGACAUAUGAAAAGAGAACCAAGUUAAAACUGAGGACGAUAGGAAUUGUUUUAUUUGCCAUAUUUUUUAUAGUAUUUUUUGUGCAAGCGCUUGUUUCCAAGCAAACGAAGAGUUUAACAUUUUCGUUGAACGCUUUGACGUAUUUUUUAAUCUUGUACUACUUCCUGGCGACGGUGUGGAUGAUUUAUAUAAGGCUAAGGAACAGGUCCAACUCGACUCUGUUCUUUUUUAUUGGAAAAUUGAUACUCCUGUUGGGAUUCAUCUUUGAGCUGUAUGACAAUGUAAGCAACGACAUCAUAAACAUGUUGAUAGCCUACUCCUUUACCGUUUCGUACAUUUUUUUUCUUUCGUUCAAAAUAUUAGAAGGGAUAAUAAUAUGCGCCAUUGUGUUGGUAUUAACUUCCUGGGUGUACUACGAGAAGAAUAAAAAAUUGGGUUCCAUGUGUACCAAGUUUUGUGAAAAUCCGUAUCUCAGUUUGCAGCAUUUGGAGGAGGUUAAUAUUUCAUGUCUAUGCAAACAACAGAUAGUAACGUUCCUCAUUUGCAUACUAAGCUUUACCUUCAUUUGCCUUUCGAUGAAAUAUUAUGAAAUUUAUUACCUCAAAAAGAAAUUCCUCUUCAGAUAUAAACAGAAGGUUAAUUUAACCAAACAGAUUGAAAUACUGCACACCAUGCUCCCGAGCUUUUUGGUGGAGUACCUCCUGAUAAGUGACCCCAAGGCGGAUGGGAUAAUGGUUGGUAAAAAUAUAUCUGGAGAGGACAGAGGAAUCAUAUCAGUAAUAUUUUGCGACAUUGAUGAUUUUCAAAGUAUGGUUUCGACACUUGAGCCACAUGCCCUUGUAGAAACUCUGGACAAUUUAUACCUAUAUUUUGACAAGUGUAUAAAAUAUUUUAAUUGCAUUAAGAUCGAGACUGUAUUUGAAUCUUACCUGGCUGCCUCGGGGCUCAGCGAGAAGCUGAAUGACUGUGUACACAAAAUUAAAUAUGACACCAGGUGUGCCAUUAAGCUUGCCAUCGCGCAACUCAGCGCCAAGUAUUACAUUUCUUAUAAGGUGCUGGCUGGGGGGAGCAACAAGGUAGACAGUGACAAUGUGGGUAAUGACAACGUGGGGCAUAGCAGCAGUCAUACGCUCCCAAUGCACAGCGGUGAGGAUGCCCACUAUGAUAAGUACACCCACAAAAAUAUUAGCUUACGUAUUGGUAUACACACGGGAAAGGCCAUCAGCGGCGUCAUCGGGUCGGUCAAACCGCAGUACUCACUCUUUGGAGACACAGUCAACACAGCGUCUAGAAUGAAAUCCACUGCGCUUACGGACCAUAUUCAUGUCUCCUACGAUACGUAUAAAUAUCUGGAGGACGAUACGUCACUGGUGUGGAAGGAGCGCAAGGUGUUUAUCAAGGGGAAGGGGGAAAUGAGAACCUACCUGUUGGUCGACAUUUUGGACGACGUCAAGAAGGUCGAGGAGCCCUCGGAUGUGGGCUUCUCAAGCUCCACUCUGUUUGGGAGGGGGGACGACACGGUCGAAGGUGCACAAAUGGAGAAGGGCAUAGCGGAAGUUGCACACAUGGAGAGGCGGGGCGAGGCGCAAACCUCCCAGAAGGCGGAGACCCCCCGGACGGAUGAUCUCGCCAUGCAGGAUGCAGGGGCAAAAUCGCACUCGAAAAAAAAGACGAAGGAGGAAGGGCGGCCCAGAGAAAGUCCACACCAAAUUAAUGCCCAAAGUACACUAAUUGAAGAGAUACUGGAUGUGUACGAGAGGGGAAGCGAUUCUUGCAGCAACAACAACAGGUAUUAUUAUAACAAAGCAGACAACGCAAGUGAUAGUAUGAAAAGUAAUGACUUCCCUACCUACUUCAGAGCGUUUAAUGAUGGCAAGUCCAAAUACCUUAGUUUGGAUAAACUAAAAUUAGCAGACAGUGUACGAAGGAAAAAUCUAUUCUACUUUGAAUCGCCAGUAGGUGUAGGAGAGGAAAUUGUUGGCGGGACAAAGGAGUCGGAUGAUUUUUUUACAUCCCCUUAUGUAGAACAUGAACACCAGGUGGAAAGUACCAAACAAGUGAGGAGGAGUAAAGCCUGUGUGAAAAAAGCUUCCUCCAAUUGUAUGCACCAAUUUGAUACACCAGAUGGGGUCAUAAAGAACUACAUAAAGGAGAGAAGAAAUUACCAAAAAAAAUUUUACGCGCCCCAUUUUUAUCUUGGAGAUAUACUUAAACAGUCUAAUGAGUUUAAAAAGGGGGAGAAGAAGAGCAGGAGAAGGAGGGAGGAACGGAGGGGUAGACGGAAAGCCACACAUGAAGAGGGGGUGUCCUACAAUUUUUUGAAUGGAAGCUUUUCAUCCAACUGGGACUACUCCACAGAAUCGGAGUUCUACUUGUAUGAUAAAAAAUUAAGGCAGAGUAAAGGGCACAUAAAUUUUGACGACCUGUUUACCAAAAUAUACAGGAAAAAGAGGAACAUUCUGCAAGGGGAUAUUCAGCACAUGCCAAGGCAGGGAUUCCUCUUCCCUAAAAAUAAAGCAACAAAAGGAAAAAAGAAAAAAAAGAAAAAAUUGCGCGCAGAGGGGGAAGUACCAUACGAUGAUGAACAAAAUGCCGGAUCGAAAAGUGGGACAAGUAGACAAUUUUUUCGUCAUUGGAAGCACCAAGCAGAAAGGAAGGAAGCAGACAUGGAUACCAAAAUUUCGAAUGGCUCUUUUUGUGAGGACACGCGGAAUGGUUUCCAUCACUCAGGAGGCAGCAGCAUGGGGAAGCAGGAAAACUUGGGAAGGGGGUAUACGCAUGAUGCCCCCCUGCAGAGACCAUCCAUCAGUUGUUUGCUCACAAAGCGGGAUGACCCCUUUCCUGAGGGGAACAAAUGGAAGAGCGUAAAAAAUGUGAAAGGGGAAAACUUGAAACGAACGGCCCCAAUUAGCGAUAGGGAACAAGAGAAAGACAGAACGGGCUGCCAGACGAGGCACAGCGGAGGAAAUGCUGCGUCCAGUGGUGGGGACGUUAAGCAAAAUAGACAGAUGCUUAUGAGGAGGCAUAGAUUGUUACGGGAGGACGUGCUUUUCGGCGCCGCCAUGGGGAGCAACCUACCCCCACUCGAGAAGGAAGAACACACAAAAAGGAAAAAAAAAAAAAAAAAAAAAUCGAGCAAAAAUGGAACGCGGGUGAAGCAGCGUGAGGAGAAGGGGAGGCGCCCAACGAUGUUCGAUGAAAACGAUUUGCUCAGGAAGAAAGAGGUAAAUUUUGACAGCGUUCAGCAGGCAAGCUGUGUAGAAUCUUCCGCUGUUGAGAUCGGAUAUGGGGGGAGAGAAAAUGCACAUAAGGAGACUCCACCAGGAGGAUCAAACCCCACCGCGGAGAGUGCAACAGUUGAAAAAUCAAAAUUGCAGAAGAAAAAAAUGGUGCAGAAAAAAAUAAGCUUUUAUAGCUUGAAGGAUGAAAGGAGUCUGAGUUCGGGGGGCCUCGGUGGAGAGAGCUCCUGUGCUUUGAAGUCUAACGAGACGAACAGCGGUCCGAACGGGGGAACUCACAGUUAUGCAAAGAAGGAGCACUUCUUCACUUACAGCCCCGCGGUUAAAAAGAAGAGAGGUGUGUUAACAAAGGUUAAUCAGGCGUUUAAAAAGUACUUUAAGAGUAUGGACAUGAGCGAUCGAGGGAAUCCGCCUCUUACGUCUCAUUCCCCUCGACAUGUGCGCACGCAGGAGUUGACUAGAGGAGAGGCAGCACUGCACAGUAGAGGUCCACAGAGGAGCGAAGAACAGAUCAAAACAAGCAUAACUGCAAGCAACAAAAAUGUAAACUUUGCUCACAAGUUUGAUAAUUAUAAUAAAAAUAAGCUUUUAAAAAAAUUGACAUCUACACUUGAUGUGGGGAAAAAAAAAGUGAGCAAUUUUAACAGCUUUUAUUACAAAUUUAAGGAUGAAGAGUUGGAGGAAGAAUACACACGAGGGUAUUACAGAGAAAUAAUUAACAUAGACUUGACGAAAAAGUUAAUAAUAAUAUUUAUAAUAUCAGAAAUGAUCUUAAGCUUAUGUAAUGUGAUAGAGUUAUCGUACUAUGACCAUAAACUAAAGGGAAAUGAUUUCAUUGUAAUAAUUUGGCUAAUAAGGUGUAUUUAUUUAUUCAUAAUAACAUUCAUAUGGUUAUUACUGAAGAUAAAAUUGAAGGAAUACAAAAAGAAUUCAAGCAAAAUGAUGUGGACAAUAUUUAUUUUGAAUAUUUUUCUGUCUUCAUGGUGCAUUAUCAUUAUGGAUCUAUCGUGUAUUCAUUAUAGUAAUUUGGUUGGGAAUUCUAGCGUCAGAUCCUUAUUUUUUAUGAAGGAUGCAACUGAAUUGAUCAUUUGUAUGCAGUUGAUAUUUAUUAAGAAUAUGUUAUUUAAACAUAAGUUUUUUUUUUUUGUAUUUUUUUUCGUUUUUUUAAUUUAUUCCUUUUCAAAAUUAUUUAAAAUACAUUUGUGUGAAAUAAGAAUAUGCUCCAGUAUCCUUUUGAUCCUUUUUAUUAACAUUUUAUAUUUUUGGUACACUGAAUAUUUAGACAGGACCCAAUUUUUAGUUAAGAGGAGAAGAAACAGGAUGGAGAAAACUUCACAUGACUUUUUAACGAGGAUAUUACCGAGACAAGUUUUGGAAGAAUACCAAAAUGAUAAUUUACAGUUAACCUAUAGUCAUGAAAAAAUUGCUUUUCUUUUUGCUGACAUUGUAGGGUUCACAAGGUGGAGUAAAACUGUUCCUCCAAAGGACGUCCUAAAAUUAUUACAAAAAUUAAUAUCUAAGAUUGACAAGGAUACUAUCAAAUUGGGAUUGUUUAAACUUUUCACCAUUGGGGAUGCCUAUGUGGCCACUAGCCAACCGAACUCCUCCAUCACAGAUGAGCACGAAGCUGUUGAGGGAAUACUAAACAUUUUUAAGCUAGCUAAACUGAUACUACAUAACAUCAACACUAUAAAAAUUCAGUUUAAUAAACAUGAUUUUAAUAUGAGAAUUGGUUUGCACUACGGAUCGUGCGUGGGGGGCAUCAUCGGGUCGGUCAGAAUUAGGUAUGAUAUGUGGGGCCUGGAUGUACUUACAGCUAACAAGAUUGAGUCUAAUGGAAUUCCUGGCGAAAUAAUCUGCUCCGAGCAGUUCAAGAUGUUUUUCCUGGAACACGAGCCGCAAGCGAAGCUCAACUUUUGGUACUACAAAACAAUCUACAUAAGCGACAAGGAUGUGAAGUUGUAUGUCAUAGAGGACAAGAACUAUGAGGAGGACUAUGACCCUAAGACGACCGACUAUGAAACUUUGUUAAAACUGCGGGAGAGAAAGGCAAAAGGUGGGCCAUCCAACUGCAUGGAUAAAUGA